AUGAUGAGUUUAAAACAGCCCCAUACACGUGAUAAAGAACCAACAACAAAGAAAGCACGCUAUAAUUAUCCAGUUGACAAUACACAAGAGGAUGCUGCCGAAUUUUUAAAUGUAUUAUUAAACGAAAUGUUGUUGGAUGAUAAAAAUAGUCAUCAACCCAUGUCAAAUGCUGAACCAAACAUACAAUCAAUCGUUCAAGCUAUGAGUCUCGAACUGUUUGAUCAAGUUCGAUGUCCACAUAAGACAGAUGGUCAACAGUGUCUUUCAUCGUACGAUUCAACAUCCAAACAAGAACUGAUAUUAGCACUGCCAAUUACGUACUUAGAUAAAAUUAAUCAGAUUGAUAUCAUGAAUUAUCAUCAUUCACUGCACGAAUGUUUAAUAGAUUAUUUCAAAGAUGAGUUUAUCGAUUCGUUCAAAUGUGAUGAUUGUCAAAAAAUGGGAAAAACGAAAAGAAUUUGUAUUUCACACACACCACCAGCAUUAGUUCUACAAUUAAAACGAUUUAACAAUCGGGGUAUAAAACUAGUCGCUCCCAUUACAUUCGAACAAACAUUGAAUUUAGAAGGCUAUUCCAAUUAUAAUCAACAAUCGUCGUCGUAUGAUUAUGCGUUAUAUGCUGUUCUCUGUCAUUAUGGUUCAACAGUUGAAUUUGGUCAUUAUGUUAUUUAUGUAAAAAAAAAUGAUAAUAGUUGGAUCAAAAUUAAUGAUCAUCAAAUAACCAGAGUCGAUGUUAAAGAUGUAUUAAACGAAAAACAAAAUGCUUAUGUGAUCGCAUACGCCCAAAAAAUAUUCACAGUCUCCGAAGGAGAGCCACCAGAACAACAGUCAAUGAAAAUUGAACGAAAACGAACAACAACCAGCACGUCAAACAAACGACACGAUCAACAAAAACAAAAAUCUUCUCAACCUUAUCGAUGUCAAAGUACAAUAACCAUUGGAAAUACAAACGACACAGAUGCUAUUUCAUCGCUCGCAUCAGAAGACACAAUAAUAGAUGAUUUGGAUUAUGACGAAAUCUAUCAUAACAGCAUCUUACACGAUCAUGGUUUUAACGACACUCCUCUUCUUGUUCAGCAUUCACAAAAUACUAUCAGGCGAAACAUACCUAGACUUCGUCAAGAUGAACAAAGCGUUUUACAUGUGUCACAACCUAAUAAGAACGAAAAGCACAACAAAUUUAGCUUAAUAACAACGAAUGAACAUAAACACAUUAAUAAUGAUGAUACAAGGUUUAAUACUCGCCACAAUAACAAGAACAUUGAUUCUGAAGAUUUAGAAAUGAUUAACGUAGCAACUAGUGCUCCAAUCAAUGAAAUAUUCAAGAAGUCAUUGCCAACAACAUUCAACACACGACUGGCACACAAAGAUUUUGAAUCAUUGAAACAAUUACAAAACGAGCACUGCAAACAAGAAGUGAAUAAAUUACUUGGUAACACCAAAAAUCAAAGAAGAAACAGUGAUUAUCGAUGGCUUCAUAUUCUAUUACCAUAUUUUAAACAAUAUAACCCAUAUUGUUCUGGAAAUUUUAAACACAAGAAUUAUGGAAGGUUAUCAAACACAAACAGUACAACGAAUUAUGUAUUAUCGUGUAAUAUUUAUUGUAAACGGAAAGAAUGCGCAUUUUUUUGUCGCGCUUUGGUAAAAACAAACGGAUUUAUUUAUAUCUUUACCAAACUAAGCGCUCGAACAACAAAAAACAAUAUAAAUCAUGCAUAUGAACCAACAAACGUUGUGAAUCAUGAUUGUUAUUUAGCCGCUAGAUGUUUACGUAACCCAGAUCGUUCGAGUUUACAAUCAUUGAUGGCCAAAGGUGCCACCCAACGGCAAUUGUAUUACGAAAUGAAGGAAGAACGUACGAAAGAAGAAAAAUGUGCAUUUAAUUGCGACAGAUUUGGAACAAGCCUUCGAACAAUCAAGAAAAUCAAGGCUGAAUUCAAGGCGUCACUUUAUAAUUCGCAAGACGAAGAUGAAUCAAUAAAGAGAAUACACGAAAAAUGGUUGCAAAAAUUAUCAGAAGCAAAAUGUGUUCCCGGUGCAGUUCAGUUCAUGUCAACAACACCAUCAUUAAUCGUUAUUGUUUAUACAGAAGCCACAAUU